AUGAAGGAGCCCCGGCAUCGUAAAGACAACCGGCGUCCGGAUCUCGAGAUUUACAAGCCGGGCCUCUCCCGCUUGAGGGGCAAGCCUGGCCCGGCCAAGCAGGAGCUCCCGAGAGAGGAAGAAGCCACGGAGGAGGGCCUGGGCCCCGGGAAGCCCGCGGCAGCUCCCUGCAGGGAGGACACCCCACUCCCCCAGGCCCCCCCUGAGGACAAGGCCCAGCCCCCCAACGGCUUCCUGGAAGGUCCUCCCCUGGGACCCGGGGGCCCCCCGCAGGACUGGUGCCCUCGCAUCGUCAGGCGAGCCAAGAAGCCCGACCAGCAGAUCUACCAGCCUGGCAAACGCCUGCAGGCCUCGCCCCGGGAGGUGGGGGCUGCCCCCCAGGCAAACGAGGAGCUCCCCCCAAAGGAGGAGAGGGGAGCAGACAGCGAGAAGGACGCCGGGAGGGCUGGCCAGGGCCCCGGGAAGCCAGGGGGCCCAGAAGGAGGGCCCAACCAGGAAGGGGCCAGGCCUUUCCGGGGGGAGAAGGGCAGGCGGGCCGAGCGGCCCCGGAAGGCCCGAGACGAGCCGGGCCACGGCAAGGGCAGCCCCCCCAAGCGGUACUCGCGCUCGGACAAGCGUCGCAGCCGCUACCGCACCUGCAGCACCAGCUCGGCUGGCAGCAACAACAGCACCGAGGGGGCCCGUGGGGAGGCGGAGGUGGGGAGGAAGCCCCCGGAAAGGCCCCGCCCACAGAAGCAGCUCUCCGCCUCCUCCACCGACUCCCUGGAAGAGGACAGGGCCGAGGAGGGCCCCGAGGCCAGGAGGGCCCCCGAGCACAGCCGCCGGGGGGGCACGUCCCGUCGGCUCUGGGACCCCAACAACCCGGAGCAGAAGCCGGCGCUGAAGAGCCCGGGGACCCAGCUGCACUUCUUGGACACGGACGACGAGGGGGCCCCCGUGCCUCGAGGGGAGCCCCGCCAGGCCCAGGCCCCCUACUACCGGUUCCAGAACUCGGACAACCCCUAUUACUACGGAGGGGCCCCGUACCCUUACGCGGGAUACCCCCUGCCCUACCCGGUGGGCCCUGGCAGCGAGGUGUACCCUGCCGCCUAUUAUCCCGCCGGCUACCCCAAGCAGGCCGAGCCUUGUGGCAGUGGGGGGGCCGGCGGUGCCCUCCCAGCUGACCCCCCCGGCCCCGAGGCAGAGCAGCAGAAGCACCACCACCACCACCAGCAGCAGCAGCAAGAGCUGGGCAAGGCCCUGCGAGAGGCUGGGCACCUGGAGCAGCAGCUGAGCAACCUCCUGUCCCGGGACAGGCUCAGUCCGGAGGGCCUGGAGAAGAUGGGCAAGCUCAGGGCGGAGAUGCUGCAGCUGUACGAGCUCUGCCUGCUGACCGACAUCGAAGUGGCCGAUGCGCAGAACGUGGACCAGCUGCUCUGGAAGAACGCCUUCUACCAGGUGAUCGAGAAGUUCCGGCAGCUGCUCAAGGACCCGGCGGGCGGGGAGAGCGCCCAGGAGAUCCGCGGAAAGCUGCUCCAGAUCCUGGACGAGGGCACUGUCUUCUUCGACGGCUUGCUGCAGAAGCUGCAGGCCACCUACCAGUUCAAGCUGGAGGACUACAUGGACAGCAUGGCGGUUCGCACCAAGCCCCUGCGGAAGACGGUGAAGUACGCCCUCAUCAGCGCCCAGCGGAGCCUGAUAUGCCAGGGCGACAUCUGCAGGUACCGCGAACAAGGCAGCGACACGGCCAACUACGGGAAGGCACGCAGCUGGUACCUGAAGGCCCAGCACGUGGCCCCCAAGAACGGCCGCCCGUACAACCAGCUGGCCCUCCUGGCCGUCUACACGAGGAGGAAGCUGGACGCCGUCUACUACUACAUGCGUAGCCUGGCCGCCAGCAACCCCAUCCUGACGGCCAAGGAGAGCUUGACCAGCCUCUUCGAGGAGACCAAGCGCAAGGCAGAGCAGCUGGAGCAGAAGAGCCCCCGGGGCCAGGGCAGCCAGCGAAGCAGGAAGGCGGCCUUCCGGCCCUCCGGAGACGAUGCCACCCGCCUGGAGCUCUGGAUCCACCCCUCUCACCCGCGCUCCGGCCAGGGCCACGAGUCCAGCCGGGACUCCGGGCAGGACAGCGGCCUGGGCGGCCUCAGCCCCAGCGAGCUGAACAAAAGGUUCGUCCUGCGUUUUCUCCAGGCUCAUGGGAAGCUGUUUACCAAGAUUGGGAUGGAGACCUUCCCGGCGGUCGCAGCGGAAGUCCUGACCGCCUUCCAGGCCCUGCUGGAGCACAGCCCCCCACCCAUCGGGAGCAGCCGCCUCCUGCAACUCAUGGCCAUCAACAUGUUCGCCGUGCACAACUCCCAGCCCAAAGAGUGCCUGUCCGAAGACUGCCGCUCCGUGAUCCAGCAGCAGGCCUGCGCCCUGGGCCUCGCCAUGUUUGCCAUCCUGGUCAAGCGCUGCACCCACCUGCUCCAAGAGGUCUCCCUAGCAGGGGCGGCCCAGGCCCAGGGAGAGGCCGAGGACGACGACAUCAAGGUCUCCGCUUUCCCGCCAGACCUGAAGGAGCUCCUGCCCAGCAUCAAGGUGUGGUCGGACUGGAUGCUGGGACACCCGGACACCUGGAACCCCCCGCCCAGCGCCCUGGAGCUGCCCCCCGCGGCCUCGGUGGACGUGUGGGCGACCCUGGCCGGCUUCUGCAACAUCCUGACCACGGUGAACCAGUCGGAGGUGCCCCUCUACAAGGACCCCGACGAGGAGGACCUGGCCCAGCUGGGCCUGGAGGAGGACCGGCUGCUCUCGGGCUUCGUCCCGCUGCUGGUCGCCCCCCAGGAGCCCUGCUACGUGGAGAAGGCCUCGGACAAGGUCAUUGCGGCCGACUGCAAGCGGGUGACGGUGCUGAAGUAUUUCCUGGAGGCGCUGUGCGGCCAGGAGGAGCCCUUGCUGGCAUUCAAGGGUGGAAAGUACGUGUCGGUGGCCCCCAGCCCAGACGCCCUGGGAAAGGAAGCAGCCGCCAGCCAGCAGGGAAAACAACUGGAGGAUCAGGAGGACGACAUCCAGAUGGAGGCCUUGCCGGAGGACGCGGAGGCCAAGGCCGAGGGCAGCGGUGACGAGCUGGACAUCAGGGAGCUGCGAGCCAAGAAGCAGGCGCUGGCCAGGAAGGUGGCCGAACAGCAGCGCCGGCAGGACAAGAUCCAGGCGGUGCUGAAGGACCAGGCCCAGCUGAGGCAGAUGGAGCUGGAGAUCCGCCCCGUCUUCCUCGUCCCGGACACCAACGGCUUCAUCGACCACCUGGGCAGCCUGGCCCAGCUGCUGGAGUGCAGGCAGUUCAUCCUGGUGGUGCCCCUGAUUGGUGAGUUGGGGGGGGGAGGUAGAUGCCCUGUUUUUCCCACAGUCCGCCGGGCACGGAACGCACCCCGAAGGCCUGCCGGAAUAAACGGGGUUCUUUCNGAUCGGGCCCGCCAGGCCGUGGAGUUCCUGGAGGGCUGCUUCGAGAGGCGCGACAGCUACAUCCGGGCCCUGACCAGCCGUGGCAACGAGCUGGAGUCCAUCUCCUUCCGCAGCGAGGACAUUUCCCGGCAGCAGGGAAACAACGACGACCUGAUUCUCUCCUGCUGCCUCCACUACUGCAACGACAGAGCGAAGGACUUCAUGCCGGCCAGGAAAGACGACCCCAUCCGCCUGCUCCGGGAGGUGGUGCUGCUGACCGACGACCGGAACCUGCGGGUGAAGGCCUUGACCCGCAACGUGCCCGUGCGGGACAUCCCCACCUUCCUGCGGUGGGCCCAGGAGGGCUGA